ACGGGUCUGACGUCUUUCCAAAAAUGAUAUAAAACUCGAACAAAGUUCUCGUUUGUACCAUAAUUUCAAAAGUUUCCAGGACUUCAUCAUGAAAACAGUUUUACUCCCGGUCGCCUUACUGGUGGCGUUGGUAGGAUGCAGCGAGGCCUUAAAACCAGCCCAACCCGAAAGCAAAUUGUACUUUGGUCCUAUUCCUCUUCCACUGAUUCCUCCAGCUUCUGUUUGCGUCGCUCCAUUGGGUUGCGUCAUGUUCAACAUUAUGUGCCCACCAUGUUACAAACCAGGUGGGGGUGGUUCUGGGUCGGGAACUUGUAGCGCGGCAAGACCUGGUGUUCCAACCGACAUUGUGACUCAACGACAAGCUGCCUUAGCUAAUGGAAACGAGUACCGAAGGAAACAUGGAGCUGCACCGCUCACUGUGGAUCCUGCUCUUGAAGCGGAAGCUCAGCAGUACGCCGAGUACUUGGCCUCCACCAAACAAUUUUUGCAUAGUCAACCUGCCGGAAGAUAUGGGGAAAAUUUGGCCAAGAUUCCCUGCUCAUCCACAAAUCCACCAGCCACGAUCGCUGGUGCUAAUACGGCGUGGUAUGGGGAAAAACCAAACUACUGUCCAGCCGGUGGGGCCGUUGACACCAAGGUCGCUGUCGCCGGUCAUUUCACACAGCUAGUCUGGAAGGGAAGUCAGAAGGUGGGGUAUGGCGCUGCGGUCGGCCCUGAUGGAUAUCUGGUCGUUGUCGCGAGGUAUACGCCACCUGGAAACGUGGCUGGGGCUGCUGCAGCUCAGCAAAAUAUUCAAUGUCAAGAAGUACCAUAAUUUAAUUAAUUAUUGGGGGAAGAAAUGGACUAAAAAUUGAACUUGAAUGUUAUGCAAAAUGUUCGUAUAUGGGCGAAAAUUUAUUCUCACAUAUUAUAUGAAUAAAAUUUCUCUAUAUUAUCAGGUUGCAAAUAAAUAUCUAACUUGACGGUUCGA